AUGUUCGACUGGGUUGGCAUGGUGCUCUGCACAGCCAGUGCAAGCAGCUUCUUGAUCGGCAUCACCUGGGGCGGCGCGCAAUUCCCAUGGAGCAGCUGGCAUACCUUGGUUCCCAUCAUUGUCGGCGCAGUCGACCUAGUUGCUGCUGGGCUGUGGGAGGUAUAUGGCACUGAACGCUCGUUUGUUCGCGUGUCCUUGCUAAAUAGCUGCCCACAACUCGCGGCAUAUAUCUGCGCCAUUCUCCAGGGCAUCAUGCUCUUUUGCACGCUCUACUAUCUGCCCAUCUUCUACGAAGGAGUCAAGGAUUACACCCCAACAGUAGCUGGUAUCGGCCUUAUUCCCAUGACCGGUUCUCUUUUGCCGAUUGGCAUCCUUGUCGGAAUCAUCAUUAGGCGUACAGGACAUUUCCGAUGGGCCAUUUGGUUGGGUUGGCUGAUUUCCAUCCUAUCAUCCGGACUGCUGAUUCUCUUCAAUUCCGACACGCGCGUUUACGCCUGGGUACUGAUUCUCAUCGUGGUCGGCCUGGGCCAUGGCCUGAUACUAAUUGCCUUGAACAUUUGCACUCAAGCUUUGGCAGAUCGGGCCGACGUCGGAUACGCCGCCGCCAUGUACACAUUCAUGAGAAGUAUUGGCAUGUGUAUUGGAGUUUCGGUCUCGGGCACCAUCUUGCAGAAUACUCUUCAAACUUACAUGAAGGAUCAGAACCUAGACGCAUCCAUGGCUGGGGCCGUUGUUGGCAUCAUCAGCCAGCUCCAAGACUUGCCUACGACUAUGCGUAAACCCAUUGCCAUUGCCAUAGGUAAAAGCUGUGACAACGUCGCCGAGUUCUUGCUUGGCGUUGCCACGCUGGCUCUCUUGGUAUAUUUACUCAUCAAGGAAAGCUCGCUCGACAAGGAAUUCAAGCCUGACCACGUCCUGGAGGGGUCGGCGGAUAAGAAACGGGCCAUCUAA